UACAGCAUAUUUUAAAUAUUAAAAUUGAGGUUAACUAUUACAUUUAAUAAAUAAAAAAGAUCAAACAAUGGCACCAAGAAAAAAUUCCAAAAAUAACGAAAGUAAUAAUAAUAAUCGAUCUGGUAGAAAAUCAGCGAAUGCAACAGAUUCAGUAGAUUCAGAUGAUGGUACUGAUGAAUAUCGAAAAAAACGUGAUCGAAAUAAUCAAGCAGUGAAACGAAGUCGUGUAAAAUCGAAAAUGCGUACACAAGAAACAUUGGCAAGAGUAACACAUUUAAAAAAUGAAAAUAGUAUUCUAGAAGAAAAAGUGAAAACAUUAACAAAAGAAUUAGGAUUUUUAAAAGAAUUGUUUCUAGCUCAUGCUGGUAGUUCAAAAAACAUUAAUAUUGAAGGUGUAGAUUUAUCGAAAUUAUUGUCCGAUGAAAGCACAGGUACUGGCCUUGUGGAUAGUGCAAUUGUUGUUAAAAAUGAAAGUGUACCAUCUAAUAACGAAUAAUAUAAAGAUAUUUCAUUAUUUGUGUAUUAAAUUAUGACCCAAAUUAUUAUUAUUAGAUUUUAAAUAUUUAUUUUGUUU